CACAUAACUACAAACAUGGCAGCUUCACAUACUGCUGUUCCCCAAGAUCAAGCUCCAAAAGCAGCACCCCAAGGACCGAUUGAAUUUGAUAUCUCGAAACCCCCUAUCAUUGAAGGCUUCAGUCCUUUACCACGACACAGAGAAGAGGGAUUCCAGGAAAAAUUGCUCAGGAAGACCAAGGAAAACCCCUUUGUCCCUCUGGGCUGCCUAGGAACAGCUGGUGCGCUUAUAUAUGGUCUACGUGCAUUCAAAACGGGCAAGACCCGGCAGUCCCAACUGUCUAUGAGGGCGCGUAUCUUUGCCCAAGGAUUCACAGUGGUUGCUAUCAUUGUUGGAGUUGCAACUACAACAUUCAAGCCAAAACAAUGAACGGACACCCCAGUUGUUGUUUUCCUAAACCAGGACCAUUGGAUGAACUGGAUUGGGAAGCAAAAUCAUGUUUUAAUUUUUUUCCCUGUCAUCCAUCUAAUUGCCUUAAAGGCCAUAUAUGGCAAUUGUGCCACUAAAGCGGCAGGUGGCACAGCUGCCAUACACUAUGUAUUUAAUAACAGCUUUUAGUGGUGUUUCAUACCACAGUGCAAUAAUUAAAGCAUUGGCAAGGUGCUUGUCAUUCUGAUACAG